AUGGAUAUAAAUCAUACGACCGGCAAUAAAAUGCCGAGUCAAGAACAUUUAAAUUUUAUAAAUAAAUUAAAUGAUUCAAAAAUUCCACGACAAAGUCAUUUAAUUGUUAAUCGUUUAUUUAUGAAAAAUUUUUCUCGUGAAACGACUGGUGCUGAAAUUGAACAGUUUUUUCAAACAUAUGGUCCUGUACAUGAUGUGAAAAUAAUUGCAAAAGAAAAUACACAUUUUGCGUUCAUUUCAUUUGUUAAUGAUAAUACUGCAUUAGAUGUUCUACGUCAACAUGCAAUUGUACCAAUUACAUUUCAAAAUCGUCCGGUUAUUUUAGCACCUGCUUAUAAAAAAGCUAGUCUACCUCCAUCAACAAGUCCAACAUCUUAUUAUCCAGGUGAUGGUUCGACAAUGACACCACCACCUACACCUUCUCGAUCGGCAGUAAAUGGAAUGUCUCAACAGCCAUCAACACCAUAUAAUCAACAUCACCAACAACAACAGCCUAUGUCAGUUCCACAACAAGUCUAUCCACCAAUAUAUUAUCCAUUUCAAGCAAAUAUGCCAUUUCUUCCGAUGCAUGGUACUUAUUUACUACCUCAAGCUGCUCCACCUCCGCAAUUGCCACCUUCUUUCUAUCCAACAUUUUAUACGCAUCAAACAGGUGGACAAUUAAUGAAUGGACAUGCUUAUCUUCAACCUCAAUAUAUGUAUUCUAUGGGUCCACCACCCAUUCCAGGACAAUAUCAAACAACAACAUCAACAAAUGAUGUCUCUAUGACAAGCGAAUAUUAA